GCAGUGAGAUGAGGCACAGUGGACAAGCCGUGUGACAGUUGUGUAUCAGAUGGGCGGAUAACUCAGACGCCAGCUUACCCAGCACCUCAGAGAGGAGUGGUGAGACGCAGACGAGAGAGGGGCUCAUUUUAACUAGUGUUCAAGUAGAAUAAUGUAAUUUUAUCUAGGCUGACAAUUUAUCUCUGCAUUAUUCUCUUAUUUCGGUGCUUCUGAAAUAAAGACAAAACCGUCACAGUUAUUAGUAAAAAGAGUGUCUGCAUUGGGCUUUACGGGUUACUGACUCUUUCUCAUUUGACCAUUAAAAUGUCUAGGUGGGGAAGAAACUGUGGAAUAAAUAGAAUUUUAAAUUUUUUAAUUGAUUAAUUGAUUAUUUUUGGCUAACAAGGAGGUCCCUCAGGCCAGGGAGCUUGUUGCUUUGAUUAGCAUGCCCCCUACCCAGCACGGCUCUUCUGCUCACCCCGUUGUACUUGAGAAGCCAGCAUCCUCUGCCAGGACGUGCCCCGUCCUUUUCAUGGGAUAUUUGGUUUCAUUCUGAAAGGUAUGUCAUGUUUUUAACACACGAUUGAUUAUUGCCUCGUAGAUGUAUGUAGUCAGAUACCCAGAGUUGUUGACAUCCGUUCCUGCGAGUUGCCAGUGAGCCCUUGUAUGGCUUUCCUACAGUCUCACGGUCUGACCAAGCAACAGUGGUUUGUUGUCCUGCAUCCCCGAGGCUAAACAAGUCUGAAACCAGGCGACCACAGACACAGAUUCUGAAAACGUUAAGGGAGAAGAAGCCUUAAUUACCAAAUUUCCUUUUACCUCCCUUCUGGUGGUUCCCAGUUUCUUGGUGCUCUGUAGCUUCUAGCCACAUCACUAAAUUUAAUAUUUAAAUUUAAUAUUUGGUGACUUUAUCAGUGAGACUGGAUAAGAAAUUGAAGUGCUUGGGUUAAAAAAAAUCGAAUCUCAGUGUAGCUUUGCAGUAAGAUGUAUAGACUAAUAAUUCUUAGCUCAUGUCACAUAUAAUUCAUCCUAACAUUUUCAGAUAAUUAUAACCUUUGGUUGACUACAGUAUCUAAUGAGGAGUGCUUGAUAAUUUAUUGGUAUAAAUUGUUAGACCUCAAACUUUAGCUAGUUUCUAUCGGACUCAGUAAGAAGCUGGAUUGAAACCAUAACCCAAGACUCAGAUGUGGCAGGUCUGAGUAGGGUGUACUCCAUGACUAGGGUACUCCUGCCUCCAGGAUGAUCCUGAUGCCAGUCAUGCUGCUCCCAGAGCCACCCCUCGCUAACCUCUGCGCAGGUAUGUGGGGUCAGGAAAACAGCGACCACUGCAUCCCACUACCCUGCAUCAACAGGUGUUAACGAUUUGCCAGGUUGCUUCCGGUCAGUUUCUCUCCUCUUUCUGAAAGGAAGCAAAGGCGAUGGAGUAGUCGAAGCCAAGUGCUUCUCUCAGCUCCAGGUCUCCUCCCACCUGCUGCAGAGAACGGCAGGCACGUGCGGUCCUCCCUGCUCUCCCUACCGUGUUAGUCCUAAGAAGGAAAGGUGGUUUCGUUUUGUGGUUUUGUUGUUUUUUUCCCCUGUAAACAGCAGAGUCAAUGCCUUUAUGCUCCCGGUGGUCUUCUCCCAGGCCAUGGCUUCCUUUUAUGAACAUAAUGAUUUCAUUAAGUCUUUGAAGAUUCCAUACAGUGCGUUUUUAUCAUAUUCACCCCUCCCCUAGUUCCUCUCAGAUCCACCCACCCCACCUCCAUACUUAUGACUUGUUUCUUUGUUUUUUGUUUUCUUUUUUUCUUUUCCUUUUUCAGAGAUACCUUUUGAACGGAAAUCCUUAAUUUUAAUUGAAGUCUGUGACAUCAGUUUUCCUUUUUCGGUGCCUUCUUGAAGUUCUUAGGAAGAACAGAAAUGAAGGUGCACAUACACACAAAAUUUUGCCUCAUCUGUUUGCUGACAUUUGUUUUCCAUCAUUGCAACCACUGCCAUGACGACCAUGACCAUGGCCCCGAGGAGCUGCACAGACACCACCGUGGGAUGACAGAGUCCGAGUCCAGCAAGUUUUCAGUGCAGGAUGCUGAAAAUGAAAAGAAGUACUAUAUUGACAAACUUUUUGACCGUUAUGGUGAAAAUGGAAGAUUAUCAUUUUUCGGGCUGGAGAAACUUUUAACAAACUUGGGCCUUGGAGAGAUCAAAGUCGUUGAGAUUAAUCACGAGGACCUGGGCCACGAUCAUGUGUCUCACUUAGACAUUCUGGCGGUUCAGGAGGGAAAGCAUUUUCAUUCGCACAGCCACCAGCAUUCCCACAACCAUUUCAGCUCAGAGAACCGCACUGCGACCAGUGUGACGUCACAGAGAAACCACAGGUGCGACCCGGAGAAGGAGGCAGCUGAAGUCCCCGUGGAGUCUGAGGACAAACACCUGCGUGACCACGGUCACCGCCUGCGUCAUCGGCACCGCUCACACCAUCACCUGGAGCAGAACACGACUCAGCGUCUUCACAAUGCUUCUGUCCCCCACAGUGAGCACGGCGAGCCGGGUCACGGACCUUCCACAGAGACCAAUAGAACCCAAGAACAAUCUGAAGUGAAGCCGCUGAAGGUCAGGAAAAAGGAAAAAGGGAAGAGGAAGAAAGAAAACUCUGAAGCUAACACACCAGGUUUCCUCCCCAACCAUGACCACAGCGAGCAGUACGAGCACAAUCGGGUUCACAAACCUGACCGUGCACACAGCCCGGGUCAUCCGCAUGUACACCUUCCAGAGCGUGACGGCCACGGACACCAAGAUCUUGAUCCUGACAUUGACGGUGAACUUCGACAUACGAGAAAGCGAGAAGCUCCGCAUGUUAAAAAAAGUGCAAUUUAUUCCACUGCUAGCCACAAAGACCACAGGGAAGAUGACCGCCAACAUGAAUGUUUGAAUGUCACUCAGCUGUUGAAGCACUUUGGUCUUGGCCCCAGCUCUCCCAUCUCACCCGAUUUGUUUACAUACCUCUGCCCUGCGCUGCUCUAUCAGAUUGACAGCCGGCUUUGUAUUGAGCAUUUUGACAAACUUUUAGUUGAAGAUUUAAGCAAGGAUAAAACUGUGGUUCCUGAAGAUAAGGCAAAUAUAGGGGCAUCAGCGUGGAUCUGCGGCAUCAUCUCCAUCACCGUCAUCAGCCUGCUCUCCUUGCUGGGCGUGAUUCUGGUCCCCAUCAUCAACCAGGGGUGCUUCAAAUUCCUUCUCACGUUCCUCGUUGCGCUAGCUGUAGGGACAAUGAGUGGAGAUGCCCUUCUUCAUCUGCUGCCCCAUUCUCAGGGUGGACAUGACCACAGCCAUCAGCACGCGCAUGGGCAUGGCCAUUCUCACGGGCACGAGUCAAAGAAGUUUCUGGAGGAGUAUGAUGCCGUGCUGAAGGGACUGGUCGCCCUGGGAGGCAUUUACCUGCUGUUCAUCAUCGAGCACUGCAUUCGGAUGUUCAAGCACUACAAGCAGCAAAGAGGAAAACAGAAAUGGUUUAUGAAGCAGAGCACAGAAGAAUCAGCUAUUGGAAGAAAGCUUUCCGAUCAUACGAUAAACAACACACCAGAUGCUGACUGGCUCCAGCUCAAGCCACUUGCUGGGACUGAGGACUCCGUUGUUUCUGAAGAUCGACUUAAUGAGACCGAACUGACGGAUUUAGAGGGCCAGCCGGAGUCGCCGCCGAAAACUUACCUGAGUGCCGAGGAGGAGAAAAUCAUGGCCCACUCUCAGAGUGACGGGCUACACACCAUUCACGAGCAUGAGGUCCAUGCAGCUUCCCGGAACCACCACGACGAGGACAAGGCCGUGCUGCGGAAGCACAACCACCAGUGGCACCACAAGCACUCCCAUCACUCGCACGGCCCCUGCCACUCCGGCUCGGAUCUGAAAGAGACGGGCAUCGCCAAUAUAGCCUGGAUGGUGAUCAUGGGGGACGGCAUCCACAACUUCAGUGACGGGCUCGCCAUCGGGGCCGCGUUCAGCGCUGGACUGACCGGAGGAAUCAGUACUUCGAUAGCCGUCUUCUGUCACGAGCUGCCACAUGAAUUAGGGGAUUUUGCGGUUCUUCUGAAAGCAGGCAUGACGGUAAAGCAGGCGAUUGUGUACAAUCUGCUCUCCGCCAUGAUGGCUUACAUAGGGAUGCUCAUCGGCACAGCCGUCGGCCAGUACGCCAACAACAUCACCCUCUGGAUCUUCGCCGUCACGGCAGGCAUGUUCCUCUACGUGGCCUUGGUGGAUAUGCUCCCAGAAAUGCUGCACGGUGACGGUGACAACGAGGAGCAUGGCUUUUGUCCAGUCGGGCAGUUCAUCCUUCAGAAUUUAGGACUCUUGUUUGGAUUUGCCAUCAUGCUGGUGAUCGCCCUCUAUGAAGACAAAAUUGUGUUUGACAUCCAGUUCUGACCAUUCCUGGGUUGACUUCGAGAAUGUUCGUGCAGCUUGCCUCUGUUCCUUGUCCUGCGCACACUGCUCGGGAAUUCAGCGGCCUCCACUACUCACAGGUUCCGUCGAGUCGAGCCUAACCACAAAGACCGGUGCUCAGUGCUGCGUUCUCUGCAUGAAUGGCCUUUGCAAAACAAAGUUUGUGAUAAAGACGGGAGAAAAUGGGACUCCAUGAACCAAUGUUGAUAGAUGUAUAAGACUUUAAAAAAGAGAAUCAUAUAAAACACUAGUCUUUUUAUUAAUAGAAACUUCUGUGGCUAUGCAGAAAUAGAAAUUAAACCAAAAAAUCAUUUAAACUUUAAAAAUAUUUUAAAUGGACUUGGAGCAGACAUUUUUGUGUGUAUGCUAAGAAUGAAUUUUAGUGUCCUUUAAUUCAGCUCCAUAUAUACAUAUGGGAUUAAUAGGGAUCAACUCAACACAACUUCGAAACUGUAUAAAGUCGACUUUAGGAGCUAGAGGGAAGGCCAGGCUGCGUUAGAAUAUGGAUUUAGCAUUGGGAAAAGCCCGUAUUCUUGAAUCUAGAGUUACUAUUUUUGUAUAUAUUUGCAUAGUGUUCAAACUUGCAGCCGAAACUACUGAAAUUUGUGAUUGUAUGUUUGUGUGAACUUCAGUUUAAUGAAAGAUUCUUAAUGGUUCUUUGCAUUACUAUACUUGGUGUUGGGGUUAUUUUCUUUUGUAACUUUGUUUUGAUUUGUGGGGAUGAGUCAGCAUGUAGUAAGAUAUAUCUUUUUCUUAAAAUUACCAUUCUAGAAAAUAUCAAAGGUGUGGCAUUCCAUCUCCCGCGUACCAACAAUUGGAAAAUUGAAGUUCUGUUACUUACCAGUUUUGCAUUGGAACUCAGAACACACGCUGUGGCUGGCAGUAAAAUCCAAGUUUGCCAUGCCUGUUGUCUGUACAUAACGUGUCGGCUACACAGUUACUGCGCGACUGCUGUGGUACCAAGUGCGUGGUUAAACCAAAAUCACUUUAUCAUUUUGUGCCAAGAUACGCUGUUGGUGCCUGGGGCAGAGUAGUCUGUCUGGUGCCUGCUCUCACACACCACUGGACAAGUGAUGUCUGAGAAGCGUGUGCCAUGUUUAGCCCGAUUGUUGACCCAGUAACUUGUAGACUGGUCAUGUGCAGAUCUCUGUUCAUACCUCAUGCCACUCGCUCCUCACCUCUGCAAGGAACCUGUGUCUGAACCGUGUGCAGCUAGCUUUACUCUACCUGCGUGGCAGUCAGGAGAGCCCUUGGGGAAAACAAACAACAAACUGUAAGAGCCAAACCCCGUCCAUUCCAUUUUAAAUGUUUUCAUUCAGUCCUUUCCCCCAGUUCUUUUCCGCUUACUGUGUCUGAGAGCAGCGCAUGCACCCAGGUGUUAGCGGAUACUCGUCAGUAUUCAUUAUGCUCUAAGCGAGGGUUCCUUGGUGUCUCCUGUAAUUUAUGCUUGAAUUUUCUGAGCUCCCGCUCCCCUGAAGUAGCGGUCUGUCCACGUUUUCAGCCCUGGGCAUAGCUAGGACAGACCUCUUGCCUCAUUGCUUGGCCGUUGAGCAACCUGCUGAAAGGUGCUGGCCUACUGAGAACUGCCAACUUCAAGUGACUUCGAUAUUUUUCUUGCAAAACCAAGAUAUGUUUGUAGUUCAUUUUUGAGUUUUACACCCCAGGAGGAUUGUGCAUUCCAGCAGUGAAUCUGCUUCAUUUAAAACAACAGCUGGAAUAGUCCAUUCUGAAAUGCCUGAUUUAAAGCCAAUCAGUUAUGCUUACAGUCUAGAAAGUUUGUCUUUCUUUGCUAGAUCUUCUUAACCGUUUAGGAGAGCUUUAACAGUUGCUGCUAGUAUUUUGAUAGGGUUCCACCAGUAUUUAGUUUUUGCAUUCUUCUAAUGUAUAGUUUCAGGUCUCACUAGACAAUCCUAAUUCCACUACAUUUCUGUUUGGCUCCAACAUUCCACUUGGCUUGAGCAGUCUGGUUUUAACAUACACUUGUUGGAGGUCACCAAUGUUACUUGUCCAAUGCUGUCGCCGUGUGACACCCAUAUGGAUUUGGUGUUCUGUUACAUUGCAUUCAAUCAGCUGUGAUUAUGCUUAGAAAUGCUAUAGUAACUUGGUGCAGUGUGAACCGUUCCAUUAACAGGGAGUCGGUGGCUCAAAUGUGAUUAUGGUCCCGCAAGGUGAUACUUGCUAAAAUAUCUAAACAUUUUUUGUUGUUGUUGUAACUGAAUCAUUUUUUUAAAUUUUUAAAGCUGGAAGUGAUCAAAUGCUGUUUUUUUUUUCAUUGUCAACAGUGGUAUGUCAUUUUAUAUAUGUUCCUAAUGCUUAUGGA